UUUCCCGUGCUAGACAGCUGGGACACCAAGGCGGUUCUGCGGCGAGCCACAGGUAUGAAGCCCCAGAACUUCCCCCGAGGGCACAGCUUCCAUUUCAAUUUGGGGCAAUAAUAAAAUCUGCUCAAGAAGAGUAGUUUGGGAACUUCCUGGUGGUUCAGAUUUCAAGCACAGCUUGUGCUUAAUCCUCACCCAGGCACCAAGGCUCAGCGUCAGCAGGAGUUCAGGAAUCUUCAGGACAAGGCACUUUUCUGAGCAUUGGACCAGCGACCACCUGGCUUCCAGGGAGGACACACAGCCAUCAUGGAACCCAAACCUCAGAAGAGUCCAGGUACCCGAGGGGUAUAAUCUCAGAAACAGAAAUCUUUUUAUUGAAAAUGCCCCACAGUUCCCUUUAAGCUAACCAGGAUACAGAACUUGGUUUUUGUGCAAACAAUUUACAUUUUCUUAUGAAAAUGAAGUCUGCAAACAAGAUUACUUUAUUAAAUCACCACCUUCUCAGCUGUUCUUCUCUGUGACCUCUUGGAAAAAGCGGUUUUUCAUCCUGUCAAGGACUGGGGAAAAGAGCUUUAGUCUUGCUUAUUACAAAGACCAUCAUCACCGAGGUUCCAUUGAAAUUGAUCAAAAUUCCAGUGUAGAAGUUGGCAUAAGUAAUCAGGAAAAGAUGCAAUCUGUGCAGAAGAUGUUUAAAUGCCACCCUGAUGAGGUCAUGUCCAUCAGAACCACUAACAGGGAAUACUUCCUCAUCGGCCAUGACAGGGAGAAGAUUAAAGACUGGGUCUCCUUCAUGUCAUCAUUUCUCCAGGAUAUAAAAGCAACACAUCAGAACACAGAGGAGGAACUCUCAUUGGGUAAUAAAAGAACCUUCUUCUACCCCAGCCCGCUCCUUGGCCCUCCCAGCACAUCGGAGGCUGUUGGUUCCAGCUCACCAAGAAAUGGUCUCCAGGACACGCAUUUAAUGGAAAAAAGUUCUCCAGGAUUUAGGCAAGCUCAUCUACAAGAUUUAUCAGAAACCACUCAAGAUGUGAAGGAAGAGAAUUAUUAUCUUACUCCUCGAAGUGUUCUUUUAGAGUUGGAUAAUGUCAUUGCUUCCAGUGAUUCUGGUGAAUCCAUUGAAACUGAUGGUCCAGACCAGGUCUCUGGAAGAGUCGAGUGUCAUUAUGAGCCAAUGGAAUCCUAUUUUUUCAAAGAGACAUCCCGUGAGUCUGUGGAUAGCAGCAAAGAGGAACCCCAGACCCUUCCAGAGACCCAGGAUGGGGGCCUCCACCUGCAAGAACAAGGCUCAGGAAUUGAUUGGUGUCUUUCCCCUGCGGAUGUGGAAGCACAGACCACAAAUGACCAAAAGGGUAAUAUCCCUGAUGAAAGCCAAGUGGAGAAACUGAACAUUUUCCUUUCUCCUCCUGAUGUCAUCAACUAUCUUGCUCUCACAGAAGCCGCAGGACGGAUAUGUGUGUCUCAGUGGGAAGGCCCCCCACGUCUGGGAUGCAUAUUUUGCCACGGAGAUCAUCUUUUGGCGGUGAAUGGCCUGAAGCCCCAGAGCCUGGACGAGGUCUCCUUGUUUCUCACCCGGUCCAUCCAGAAGGAGAAGUUAAAGCUUACCAUCGGCAGGAUCCCAAAUUCAGAGACAUUUCAUGCUGCGUGCUGUACGUGUCCCUCAAAACGCCAGAGUGCUGCACCUUCUCAGCUGGGUAAGCCUCGACUGGACAGGGCUCCCAAGAGGAGUCCGGCCAUUAAAAAGAGCCAGCAGAAAGGAGCUGGGGAGUAGCGCACCCCAGACCCAUGGCGGUAGAACCAGGAUGGAGCCGGGACUGUCCAGCUCUGCCACCCGCUACUGCCAUGUGAUAGGAGACAGUCGGCACACCCCUCUGAAUUUCUGCAUCUGCAUCUUAACAAUGGGGAUGACUAUUCCCUGUCUGGUUAUUGCGUCAGAGAUGUUAAGAGGGUCACAUGACAUGAUUGGAGGACCUGGGGGAAAUGGAAGUCCUUAUUAUCUCAGCUAUUGUCCCAAACACCACAGACAUAGAUUGGGUCAGUCCCUCACGUAAUACAUGCCAUGUUCUGUGA